AUGAGGAGCGUGCCCUCCUCGCCGGUGGCGGGAAAGAAGUCGGCCUUGAAGAAGACGCGCAUUGCCGAGGCCCAUGGACAAAGCUGUGGGCUGAAAAACCCAAGUGUAGCGAACGCUUCAUGUCGGCGUUUCGGGACCUUGCGCAAGCUGGCAAAGAGCAAACCAGUGACGAACUCCUCGAAGAGUGCGGGCACCCAGUCACGUUGGGGUGGCGGGAGGUGUGCCAGACUGGCCGAGCAGCUGGAGCCCUUGGUGAAGGAGUUGUGCGAGAAAUCCGCAAAAGCUGGGCUGGGCGACGACGCCGAAGCGCGCCGAAAUCUGAGCAAAAUCUUGUUCGAUGGUCCGGAGAAGGAGAAAGAUUCGAGCAAGGCGCGAAAGGGCACCACCGUGUUGCAGUUGGCGGAGGAUAGCUUGAGGGAGAAGGACAAGCGGCAGCUUCAGCCACAAAGGAGCAUCGUCUGUCCGCUGGAUUUGGAUCACGACUAUGACGAUGAUGAUCUCGAGGAGUCGCAGGGGCCGAUCAUGACCAGCAAGUACUCCUACAAGAAGGCUGCUCCAGCCAAAGCCGCGGCGGCGACAGAAACGCCAUCCGAAGGUGAACAGCAUCCCUUGUUUGAGGCCAUGGUGGAGAUGCAGGGGGAAGUGACCUGCUUGUCAGAGGCACUUGAGGGCCUACCGGAGAGCGUUUUCCAGGCUCCUCUGGAUCCAGCGAAUUCGAUCCCAGCACCACUGUUCUACGCAGUGGGUCGAUUGAAGAGCCCUGGAGUCGUAAAGUUGCUUCUUCAAAACAAAGCCAGCCCUCUGGUGCGCUCUCACACCAAAUGGGAGAUCUUUGAGAAGGGUAUGACACCUCUACAAGCCGUUCUGAAGAGCAAAGGCAAAGGGGACAAUCGUAUGGAAGCCAUCCGAGAUCUCUUGAAGCACUCUGAGGCGACGAACACUGAACAGCUGGGCAUGGGCAGGGGCGGCAUGUCUGAGUCGCUGGACAUGGUCUCUGAGGAUUGCGGCACGUUUGUGCAGAAAUCCGUCGAUGCAGCCACCUUCAGUCGCUUACGACGGCGGCACAGCGUGGGAGGAGUGCGCAGAGUGACUGGGUGCCCAGUGGCGGAGAAACCACGCCAGCGAUGUGGCGUGGCCCAGAUGUGCCGAUCGCCCAUCAUCUUCUGCAAACAUGUUGAGGGACAUCCCAGUCAGAUGUACGAAAUGGGAGAGCAGAUCGGUUCCGGCACCUUCGGAACGGUGUGGAGAGCAAAGCACUCUCAGACUGGCCAACUUCAUGCGGUAAAGAGCUGCCCCAAAAAGCUCAUCCCCAGCGACGAGUUGUGGGCCGAGAUCGAGAUCAUGAAACAGCUGGAUCACCCUCACAUCAUGCGGCUGUACUACACCUUUGAGGAUGACCUGUGCAUCUUCAUUGCUUCGGAGCUCUGCGAGGGCGGCGAGCUCUUCAAUGCCAUGAUUGAGGCUGGUACCUUCAACGAACACACUGCUGCCUUGCUCUUCAAGCAGAUCAUGAGUGCUGUUUCCUACAUCCACAUGAACAUGAUUUGUCAUCGAGACUUGAAGCCCGAAAACUUCCUCAUCUCCAAGAAAUGUGCGAUUCAGGAUGGGAAGGUGAAACUCAUCGACUUUGGAACUGCGAAGCGCUUCGAUCUGGGCCCCUUGACCACCAAGGUUUGCACGGUCCACUACGUGGCACCGGAGGUGUUGAAGAAGAGGAUGGAGCCUUACACAGAGAAAGUGGACGUGUGGUCUGCUGGCGUCGUACUCUUUGUCAUGUUGGCUGGUGUUCCACCCUUCCAUGACGAUGAUGACUUGGAACUCAUGAAGAGGGUGAAGAAAGGGAAGUGGUCCUUCACGCCAGAAACAGCUUGGAACAAAGUCUCUGCACUGGGCAAAGAGCUGGUGAGCCAGAUGUUGACCAAAGAGGUGGACCUGCGACCGCAUUCCGCCGAGGUCCUUGCCUCGCCUUGGUUCCGGCAGGAGGUGAUCCCUGCGCACACCAAAGUCGACGUCUGGACCUCGGCGGUCCUGAAAAUCUGCCAACCGAGACGGCAGCAUGCGGCAGAACACAACCUAGCACAGAUGCGCACCUUUGUAGCCCAGAGUCGCUUGAAAAAGGUGGCCUUGCAGGUCAUUGCGCGGCAGAUCUCGGACGACACCAUCGAGAAGCUGCGACAGAUCUUCUUGUCGUUGGACGAUGACAACUCGGGGACCCUGUCCGUGGAAGAGAUCGACGAGGCCUUGGAGCGGCUGGAAGUAGAGGAACCCAUUCGGGUGGAGAUGCGGCGAUUGAUGCACGAGAUUGAUGUGGAUGGCAGUGGGACCGUAAAUUAUACAGAGUUUAUUGCAGCCAAUAUCUCGAAGAAACAGUACCUCCAGGAGCAGGUGUGCUCGCUCCUCAGUUCUGAAUUGUUUAUGCACUGCAACUGGUGGAUCCGAUCCGAUCUGCAAAAUUUGGUCCGCAGCACCUUUUUGGGCCGAAAAGGAUCAGUGCCCGAAGCGCGAGCGCGAAACUGUGCCAUGAAAGUCUUGGUGAGUUCCAUGUCAUGGUCUGGAGAAGUGGAAUUGGAGGAGGAUUCGAAGCUGGAAAUGGUGAAAGGGAAGUUGUCCGACCUCUUAGGGUGUCCUGCCGUUCAGCUGACUCUGUUGAUAGGUACUACCCCCUGGUCCGAUGACAAGCUGCUGCGGGAAGUCUUCAGUGGCUCUGAUGGUCAGAUGCCGACCCUCUCUGUGAUCAAGUCAGAAGGCUGGGUGCCCUUACGAAUGCAGGCCUUAAAGGCAAAGGUGGAGAAGCGUGGCAAGGUCCAAAGCGACCCGGCAGAAGGUGGGCUCUCCGCUGAUGCCGCGCUGCCGGAGGGGCUGGAAUUCCCCAGUGCCUUGCGGUUGCUGCUGCAGCACGGGGCGAAAUGGACCUUUGGGGCGGAAGGGAUUCCACCCCUUUGUCUAUACGCAGCCACCAGGGAGGUGGGCAAUGACAUCUUUGGAGAUGAGGAGUGCAAAGCGGAUUGGAUGGAGGAACAUGGGGAAGAUAGCUGUGCUGGCGAUGACUGGAUUUGCAUUGGGGAGUCCUCAGAGUUCGAUUACUUCUUUGUCAAUCUGCGGAAAACUUCACCAAACUUUGGUAUGGUGAAGCACAUCGUGAACAACUGUGAUGAGGACCCCGACGUGACUUAGAUUUCAGGCAAGCUUUGUUUCGUUUCACCGUUUCACCGUUUCACCACAGGACUUCUGGUCCUUUCUUUUGGUGAAACCAAUCAUGGGGCGUAGCCGCGGCUACGCCAAAGACGUUUCCCGGGGCAGUUGCUGGUUCCUCAGGAGACGGGAUUCUCAGAGGCGCCCUUUGAUCGCUUCUUGGACAUUGUGGAGAGCUUUGCAGAGCACCAGGCCGUGGAUGAGGAUGAUUGUGAACCAUUGCACUCCUUUCAGUUCAGAGCUCUCCAGGCCAAGAAGAAAAAAAAGACUUGAUGUGGCAAGUGUGGCUCGGGCGCAACCUCACAUUGAUUAGACAUGAAUUGACAGCCUCAACGGCGCGAGGACAAAAUGGUGCUGGCCUUCGGGAGCGCAAUUUUUACCAACAAGAAGGAUCCUG